AUGAGCCAACUUCUCACUCCGCGCCAGGCGGAGGAGCUACAUAAAGGAAUAAUCGCCUACCUCAACUCUGUGAAUUUGAACCACAGCUCCGCAGCCUUGCGAGAAGAGCUGGGUGACUCGAUCACAGUCGACGAUACUACACUUAAGAAAUAUGAGGGUCUUCUGGAAAAGAAAUGGACGAGCGUAGUCCGGUUACAAAAGAAGAUUAUGGACUUGGAAUCGCGAUGCGCUUCGCUCCAGGCCGAAUUGGAUACCGCCACACCCACUUCGCUCUCUAAAAGGAAUCAAGAUCCUGCCUCCUGGCUGCCGAGAGCACCACCGCGCCAUGAUCUCGAAGGGCACCGCUCGCCAGUCUCUUGUGUGGCUUUCCAUCCUAUAUUCUCCUCACUCGCCUCCGGUUCAGAUGACACCACGAUCAAAAUUUGGGACUGGGAGCUCGGCGAACUUGAAAGGACGAUCAAGGGACACACGAGAGCGGUGUUGGAUGUCGACUAUGGAGGCCCGCGCGGCGGAACGCUUCUGGCUUCGUGCUCCUCAGAUCUAACGAUCAAGCUGUGGGAUCCAGCAGACGAGUAUAAAAACAUUCGCACACUCCCCGGGCACGAUCACAGCGUUUCGUCGGUUCGGUUCAUCCCGUCAGGGGCCGCAGGCUCUCCAAUGUCAGGAAACUUAUUGGUUUCGGCGUCUCGCGACAUGACACUCCGUAUUUGGGAUGUGACAACUGGGUACUGCGUGAAGACCAUGCAAGGCCACGGGGACUGGGUUCGAGAUGUAGUGCCAUCCGCAGACGGUCGUUUCCUCUUCUCGGGAGGAGAUGACCGAGUCCCACGUCUCUGGGAUGUUUCAUCGGGUGAGACCAAGUCAACUUUCCUGGGCCAUGAACAUUAUAUCGAAUGUGUGGCGUUCGCCCCGGCAACAAGUUACCCUCACCUCGCGCCCCUAGCAGGGCUCAAGAAACCCCCGUCGGCAUCAUCUUCAGCCGAGUUCGUCGCAACGGGCUCUCGCGACAAGACUAUUCGUCUCUGGGAUACUCGCGGCAACUGCAUCAAGAUCCUCGUAGGUCACGAUAACUGGGUUCGCGCAAUGGUGUUCCAUCCUGGAGGCAAGUAUCUGCUCUCGGUAUCCGAUGAUAAAACCAUGCGCUGCUGGGAUCUCACACAAGAAGGCAAGUGCGUGCGCACCAUUCCCGCACACAAUCACUUCAUCAGUUCGAUCCGCUGGGCGCCUCCAUUAAUCAAGGAUACCGGUGCGAACGACACCAACGGCGAGGCUUCAAACGGUGCGAAGGAGGACCCCAAUGCGACGAAAAUGUCCAUUCGAUGCGUCCUCGCGACGGGGAGUGUCGACCUCAAGGUCCGAGUCUUUGCAUCAUGA